GACAGAGGCGGAGGAGUACUCGUACUACACAGGAGAAGAAGAGUCGCCUGAAGUCCCGGAGCCCAGCAAGAGGGAAAGGUUUGUGGCGACUGUAAGGGCAGCUGCCAAGGAGCGCCAGCAAGGAAGUGUGGCUCCCAAUCCUGGUGAUGACCAGGAGAUGGUGGAGCCUGUCAAGGAGGAAGCCAAGCUGCCAGAGCCCAAAGCAGGGCCACAGGAUGAGCCAAAAGCCCCCAGCUCAUCCACUAGUGAAUCCAGUAGCAGCAGCUCCGAGGCAAAGGGGCCGGGGCAACAGCCUGAACCAAGCAAGUCUCCUGGUGGCAACCAGGAGACAAACACGUCACCAGGAGGCACGCCCAGGGUUGCCAAGGCAAAGGCGCCACCACCAGGCAUUCCAAUUCCUGGUGAUGACCAGGUUAUGGAACCACCGGCGGAGACCAGCAGCACGGAAGAAAAGGAGCUGGCGGAAGACACCAGCUCGUGUUUCGAGCCGGUGCGGGUCCAGGAGGGCCCUGCUGCGUCUGUUUUGGGUACCCUGCCCAGGGCAGACUAUGCACAGACUAUGCAGUUUGUGGUGAAGAUGCGCAAGGACGUGAAGCCCUACCACUCGCGUUAUGAGCCGGAGCUCAGGGUCACCUACACAAACUGUGGGGAGGAAGCUGGUGUUACCAGCGCCCCUCUGCAGGUUCUAGGCCUGGGGGGCUCCAGGAUAGUGGCGGUGGCUCCUCACCAGGAGAACCUGGUGUGGAAGAUCGCGU